UUCACUCAGCCUCCCUCUCUCUUCUUCUGUCACUAUGAUAAAUUCAAUCACCGAAGCAAGUCCGAACCGAACUUGAUCAGGACAAUGCAGCGUUUAAACAAAGGCGCGUUUCUUUCUCUCUUCAUUGUCUCUCCAAAUGAUACUUACAGACGAAUCUAUUCGACAAUUCAAAGUGAAUCUACAACAGUCAAUUCUUGUUUGCUCUGAACGUUGUCUUUAUGAGUCGGUGAAAUGGACAGCCGAAGUAUUGGCUGGCAUAAGAGAAGACUUAUUGGACAGUCGAGUACCUUUCACACAAAACGAUAUUCAUCUAAACACAAUUUCACCCUAUCAUAUACCCUAUGAAGCAAGUCUACAGCCACUGUCAGAACAUGAAUAUAAUCUGUAUCAAUAUGCAAAAUCUUUAUUUCAGUUACGACAAUUUGAUAGUGUCAAAGAUGUCUUGGGUAAUGCAAAAUCACCCAAGCUUUAUUUCUUGAGACUCUAUGCUAAAUAUUUGUCUGGCGAAAAAAGUAAAGAAGAAUUAAGCCAGGAAAUCCUUGGUGUUACAGAAGAUGCAAAGACUGAAAACCUAGAAUUGGAGUCAAUCUACAAAGAUUUAGCUGAAGAAUACUCAAGGCAAAACCUGGAUGCAUUUGGCUUAUACUUAUAUGGUAUUAUACUCAAUAGACGCAGAAUACCUGAUCAAGCAGCCAAAGUGUUGUUACAAAGCAUUCGAAAAUAUCAAUACAACUGGUCUGCUUGGGUAGAAUUAGGCUCAUUAGUCAAGAACACAAAGAUGUUUCUUGAUCUACAGACAGUCUUGAAUCGAGAAUUCAAGGGCAGUGUCAUGAAGGAUUUCUUUUUAGCUAAACUGUGUAUUGAUGUAUACCAGCCAGGCUCUACUUUCAAGGCCAUUAUGGAACCCUUAACAGAUUAUUUUCCAAAGAGUGCCUAUGUAUUAUCUCAAUGGGCUGUCUUCUUUUACGAUACGCAAAAUUACAAUGAAUCUUCUGCUUUAUUUGAAGAGUUACACAAAACAUUUCCUUCACGACUUGAAGACAUGGAUGUGUUUUCCAACCUACUCUACCUACAAAACUCAAUAGAUCGACUAUGUGUGCUUGCAUUAGAAUGUGCCAAAAUUGACAAAUAUCGACCAGAAACAUGCAAUGUGAUUGCCAAUUACUAUAGCUUAAAGGGUGAUAUGCCGGAAUCAGUGGAAUACUUCAAACGAGCCCUUAAACUCAACAGAAAUUAUCACCUUGCUUGGACCUUAUUGGGCCAUGAUUAUAUUGAGCUCAAGAACACAAGUGCUGCCAUUGAAUGCUAUCGAAGAGCCGUAGGGGCUAAUUGCCGUGACUAUCGAGCCUGGUAUGGUCUUGGACAAGCAUAUGAAGUGAUGCGACUCUCUUAUGAUGCACUUUAUCAUUACCGAAAAGCAGCUGAAUUAAGACCUAACGAUGAGCGUAUGUGGUUAGCAUUGGCCAAUUGUUAUGGAUCCAUGCAACGUGUGGAUGAACAUCAACGGUGUCUUGAGCGUGCUGCUCAAUGUGAUAGUAGUAGCAAAUUAACAGCCAGUAUCAUGACUGCACAGAUAUUUGAGAAAAUGGGUAAGCAUGAAAUAGCUAUGGGAUUCUAUCAUGCUAUCUGGCAAAAAGCCAAUAAAGAGAUCAUUACUGAAGAAAUAGCUGAAAUCAGUCUAAAAUUAGCUCACUAUUCACUCACCAAGAACAAGAUUGCUGAAGCAGAAGAAUAUACGCAUGCAGCAUUAAAUGCUAAACACCCUUAUCAUGAAAAAGCAAGAAAUUUACUUGAUCGUAUUGCCAAAAGUAAAAUUGUUUAAAAAAAUAAAUCAAUAAAGUUGCAUGGAUUUUGAUCUUACA